CAUUGUAGACACAAUAUGUUCAAGUUUGUGAUCUUGUUGUCCGUUGUUGCUUGCGCUUUCGGCGCCGCCGUCCCUGAGGGUCUCCUGCCCCAAUUGGAUGGUCGCAUUGUUGGAGGUACUGCUACCACCAUCAGCAGCUUCCCCUGGCAAAUCUCUCUGCAGCGCAGUGGUUCUCACUCCUGCGGUGGAUCCGUCUACUCUAACAACAUUAUUGUGACUGCUGCUCACUGUCUGCAAUCCGUGUCUACCUCUGUCCUGCAAGUCCGUGCUGGAUCCACCUACUGGAGCUCUGGUGGUGUUGUCUCCGCUGUUGCCGCUUUCAAGAAUCACGAGGGUUACAAUGCCAACACCAUGGUCAACGAUAUUGCCGUCAUCCGUCUAUCCAGCUCCUUGACUCUGAGCUCCACCAUCAAGGCUAUCGGUCUGGCUAGCUCUGCUCCUGCUAACGGUGCCGCCGCUUCCGUCUCCGGUUGGGGUACCCAGUCCUAUGGAUCCAGCUCCAUUCCCACUACUCUACAGUACGUGAAUGUGAACAUUGUCAGCCAAUCCUCUUGCGCUUCCUCCACCUAUGGUUAUGGCAGUGAAAUCAGAAGCACCAUGAUCUGCGCUGCUGCUAGCGGCAAGGAUGCCUGCCAAGGUGAUUCCGGUGGUCCAUUGGUCUCUGGUGGUGUUCUCGUUGGUGUUGUCUCCUGGGGCUAUGGCUGCGCUUAUGCCAACUACCCCGGUGUCUACGCCGAUGUUGCUGCCCUCCGCUCUUGGGUGAUCAGCGCUGCCGGAUCUGUUUAAGAACUUGACACAAUAAAGCAAUACUUUGAAAAUGA